AUGAAGAAAUUUGUUCUUAUUAAACUUUUGUGCCUUAGUGCAAUUAAUCUUGUGACAUGCCAAGUGGCUACUAAUUUUACGGAUGGAACUAAUGUCCCGAAUGUGUGUCUUUGUGCCACAUCUGGUCAGUGCGCUCUUGCUGGUGGCGGUGGAGAAAAUGAUGGAUCUGGCGUGAUAAAUCCGAGAAUUUUGAAUACAGGCGGAGUGAACACAAAUGUUGGAACCAAUGUAUCGAUGUGUCAACCAGUCAAAACCGGAGUCAAACUUACUGCAAGUGAUCAGAGCUCAUGUGGAGAUGGUCUUGAGAUGUGCUGUCCUGACGUUGGAUAUACGUGUGGUGUCUCAUAUCCACCGAUUUCUGGAGCACCACAGGCAGCAGAUGGUCAAGCACCUUAUAAUGCAUAUCCACAUGCUGUUGCAAUUUAUUCAGCUGACAACAAAUAUUUGGGUGGAGGUGCUCUUAUUGAUGAAUGGAAUGUCUUAACUGCAGCUCACAUUAUUGUUAAUGCUUCAAGACCUUUAACAAUUAAGAUUGGAUAUUGGGACUUGAGUUCAAGUCAAGAACCACUAGACCGUUUAACACUAACCUCGUCCAGUGUCUUGGUGCAUCCAAACUUUAUGCCCAAAAAUUUGAAAAAUAAUAUUGCAAUCAUUAAACUUCCAUCAGCUGUUCCUUUAGGAAAAUCGCCAACAAUUGGAAGCAUCUGCUUGCCAAGUGCACCAAUUUCAGGAAUCAGAUGCAUGCUAAGCGGUUGGGGCAGUCAGAGUCCAUCGACAUCAUCAAACAUAUUAAGACAUGUUGAUCUUCCAAUUCUGAGCAGUUCUUCAUGCCAAAGUAUGCUGAGAACUACAAAAUUGAAUAAAACUUUUGUUCUCGACUCUGAAUCCUUCAUUUGUGCUGGUGGUGAAAAGGGAAAAGAUGCUUGUUCUGGUGACGGUGGAUCUCCACUCAGUUGCUACAUUGUUGAUCGGUACUACUUAGUUGGUGUUGUGUCAUGGGGUAUCGGAUGUGGACAGCCUGGAGUACCAGGUGUUUAUACUAACAUUUUUAGCUAUAUUCCAUGGAUUCAGAAGGCAACAGCUCAACUUCAAAGCGGAAACACUGCAACUUCUUCCACUCCUCCAUCACUUCCACCAAAACCGACAAUUCCUGCAAGUUCUACAACCACUAAGGGAAGUCCAUCUAGCACUUCAACAGUUGAUGGUAAAGUAACCAAAUCAGAUCCAACUGUUACCAGCACUGAGAAGACUGUUCCUACAUCAACACCAUCUAAACCAACUAUUACUUCCAUAGCAAGCACUUUAAGCACUGUUUUAAGUACAAUUUCAAGCUCAUUGGGUACCACAGUUGGGUCUACUGCUUCAACAACCAAAGCAUCUUCAAGUGCAGUUGCUAAUACUACAACACAAGCAACAACUUCUUCAAGACCUGUUACAGUGUCAACAACUACCACAACAACUUCUGGUAAGCCAUCAACAACAUCUUCAAAUGUCAAUACAGGAAGUGCUACGAAUGCGACAACAUCAUCAGCUAAUACUUCAACUAAACCAGCUUCCCUCAACACAACAACAACAACUGCCUCAUCAGCAACAAGAUCAGGUCCAUCAUCACCGGUUAGAAGAUCAAGCACAACCACAACCAAUAGACCAGCUUCUACAUCAUCAGCUAAUGCUGGUUCCACAACAUCACAAUCAAAUAAUCCUACAACAACUAAAGCAGCUGAAACAACAACAACUAUUCCUUCAAAUGUAUCCAAGCCUGCAAAUGGAACAACUGUGAAAUCUGGACCAACAUCUACAAAACCAAGUGAACCAUCCACGACAGUUAGACAACAAUCAUCAUCUCAGAAUCCUAAUGGAAGAUCAAGAACAAGAACAACAACAAUGGUUAAAAGAGCAGGAUCUACAACAACAAUUACUGUUAAAGGAACGCAAAGAAGAAGAUCAACAUCAACUACUAAGAAUCCUAACUUUAACAAUUAGGCCUGAAUAGCUUCAUUGUUUUCUUUUUGUCCU